GUCAGCGCAGCAGCUGGAGCCCACUGCCCACGCUCUUUUCUUUUUGUUGGUUUUUUUUGUCAGGUCUGAACUUGAAUAUAUAGGACUCUAAAACAGAGGAUUUUUAACUGUGAGAGGAUGUUCCCUUGUAUUUUCUUGGUAUUGCUGGUCACAUCGGUGUCCAGCAUCUGGGCCCAAGAUCUUUAUGAAGAAAGGAAAACAUACAAGAAAGCCAAGGCCAGACCUCUGGCUGCAAGUAUUCAUGAUGGACAAGCCAUCCUCGAUGAAGACUGCAGCUUGGAGCUCUCCUUCCUCUUGGACAGUUCUGAGAGUGCGAAAGACAACCAUGAGCAGGAAAAGCGGUUUGCGAUGGACGUGGUGGACAGGCUGCAAGGUGCACGGCUGCAGACCGGCCGCAGCUUGCACUCAAAAGUGGCUCUGCUGCAGUACAGCAGCCACGUGAUCACAGAGCAAACCUUCCGAGACUGGAGAGGAGCAGAGAACUUCAAGAGGCAGAUAUCCCCCAUAGUCUACAUCGGGCAUGGCACUUUCACCACAUACGCCAUCACAAACAUGACCAGGAUCUUCCAGCAGGAAUCCAGACCUGGGAGCGUCAGAGUCGUGGUGCUGCUCACGGAUGGCGUUUCCCACCCAAGAAACCCAGACAUUUUCUCUGCUGUUGCCGAUGCCAAGAACCAGGGCAUCAAAUUCUUCACCCUGGGCAUCACCCGGGCGGCCAAUGAGCCAGCCAACGUGGCUGAACUCCGUCUGCUCGCCAGCUCCCCAGUCUCCCGCUUCCUCCACAAUCUCCAGGACGAAGACAUUGUAGAAAAAAUCUUCACUGAAGUUACUGCCUUAGCUGAUGAAGGAUGCCCUUUGGCUCAAAGAUGUGCUUGCGACAAAGGAGAGAGAGGUCCCAGUGGGCCCGCGGGGAAGAAAGGUCGUUCUGGUGAAGACGGCGCUCCAGGGUCUAAAGGGCUAAAGGGUGAAGCAGGAUUAAGUGGAAUACCUGGGCGUGAGGGUGUUGAGGGAAGACCAGGUUACACAGGAGAGAAGGGUGAGAGGGGGGAGUGUGGCACCCCAGGAAUCAAAGGAGACAGGGGUCCAGAGGGUUCAGUUGGUACAAGAGGACUGAGAGGCCUGCAGGGCUUUCCCGGACCACAGGGAGACAUCGGACCCGAGGGCCCUCAGGGGAAGCAGGGUGAACGGGGCCCAACCGGCCCUCCAGGAAUCCAGGGGGAAACUGGUAUUGGACUUCCUGGAUCAAAAGGUGACAUAGGAUUCAUGGGUCGAUCGGGCCCUCCUGGUCCUCCAGGAGUGGGUGAACCUGGCUCUCCUGGACCUCAGGGACAACAAGGUGUUCAAGGAGAAAAAGGACCCCAAGGUGAAGGGUUUCCUGGACCAAAGGGGGAUCGGGGGCUCCCAGGACAGAGGGGGGUGAGAGGACAGCAGGGUGCAGGCAUCAAAGGAGACAAGGGUGAAUUUGGGCCCCCAGGUCGUCCAGGGCCAGUUGGACCAGUAGGCGUGGGGAUACAGGGAGAAAAGGGAACUGAGGGACCACGAGGUCCACCAGGUAUCAGAGGGAUUCCAGGAGAAGGCUUACCUGGAUCUAAGGGAGACCAAGGCUUUCCGGGAGAGCAGGGAACUCCAGGAGAUCGAGGAAUAGGUGAACCUGGCCCAAAAGGAACACCUGGAGAAGUGGGACUAGCUGGUUUGCCUGGUCUUCCAGGAGAAGAUGGAGCUCCAGGACAGAAGGGGGAGCCUGGUUUAUCUGGUUUAAGAGGCCCUGAGGGAGCACAAGGAAUCGGUAUCCAAGGGGAGAAAGGUGAUCAGGGUCUGAGGGGCAUCCGGGGACUACAUGGGCCUCCUGGGAUCUCAGGACCUUCUGGUCCAAAAGGUGAACGUGGGAUUCCAGGACCACAGGGCAUGUCAGGGCAACCAGGACGGUCCAUUUCAGGUCCAAAGGGUGACGCUGGUUUUGCUGGACCCCCUGGUCCUAUUGGGGAAACAGGCCUUGGAUUACCCGGUCCAAAGGGUGAUCGUGGCCUUCCGGGUUCAACGGGUUCACUUGGUCCAAAAGGAGAAGGCAUCCAAGGCCCUGUGGGUCCUCCAGGCCUGCCAGGCUUGCCGGGUGAGCCCGGUCCAGAGGGAGUGGGAAUUCCUGGCCCUAAGGGAGACGUGGGCUUCAGAGGACUGCCAGGUUUGCCAGGUCCCCCGGGAGAGGGCUUACAAGGGCUACCAGGUAACCUGGGGAGGGCAGGACCUCCUGGUCCAACUGGACCUCCAGGAGAAGGUAUUCAAGGUCCAAAGGGUGCGCCAGGAUCUCAAGGAAUGACUGGGCCAAGAGGACCUCAGGGAGAUGGACUCCCUGGACCAAAGGGAGACCGUGGUUUGCUGGGUGAGAAGGGAAUAAAGGGUAUAAAAGGAGACUUGGGCGAUCAUGGAGUCCCUGGAGAACUGGGGAGACCAGGAACGAAGGGAGAACCAGGACUGACAAGAGAAGACGUUAUUAAGCUCAUCAAAGAAAUAUGUGGAUGUGGCAUCAAGUGCAAAGAAAGGCCGAUGGAGCUUGUGUUUGUCAUCGACAGCUCGGAGAGCGUCGGCCCCGAGAACUUUGAGAUCAUCAAAGACUUUGUCACAAGGUUGGUGGACAGGACCACUGUAGGACGCAACGCCACCAGAAUCGGACUGGUUCUCUACAGUCUGGAUGUCAGUUUAGAGUUCAACCUGGCCCGCUACACGAGCAAAGAGGACGUCAAGCAGGCCAUCAGAAAAAUGCUUUACAUGGGGGAAGGCACCUACACUGGUACAGCUAUUAGAAAGGCAACUCAGGAGGCUUUCUUCAGCUCUCGAACCGGAGUCACAAAAGUUGCCGUCGUCAUCACCGAUGGUCAGACGGACAAACGUGAGCCCGUAAAACUUGACAUGGCUGUGAGAGAGGCUCACGCUGCAAACAUCGAGAUGUACGCUAUAGGGAUCGUGAACUCUUCCGAUACUACGCAGGCUGAGUUCUUGCGAGAACUCAAUCUCAUCGCCUCUGAUCCAGACAGUGAACACAUGUACCUUAUUGAUGACUUCAAUACCCUUCCAGCACUGGAGUCUAAACUUGUCAGCCAGUUCUGUGAAGAUGAAAACGGUGCCCUUAUUUACAAUCAAAUCACGAAUGGACCCUGGAACAGCAACAAUGGGUUUGUUCUGAAUAAAAUCAAUCAGAAUAAUGCCAAUGGCUACGACAGUGGCUAUGGUCAAGGAAGUACUUACCAAGAGGAAAUCCAAAAUCGGAGACAAAGUAGCAGAGGCCGCGGGGACACGUUUACGCUACCCAUCAGUGCUGAUCGUCUACCUCUUCAGUUGUUGGAAGAUGAUGAUGGUGAAGAUUUAGACAUAAAGGCCCACAUACGGAGUGGUGUUGCGGGGUCUGUUGUCAACAAGACGAGAUCGUCAUCUCUUGACGGAGAAAGCUCCGUCUCCAGUGGGACAGUCUUAACAUCUUCGUCAGCAUCGUCACCACUGUCAUCGCCAUCCUUAUCUACAACAUCUUUAUUAACACAAGGCUCAAUUUUACCAUCAAACCCUAAAAACUCAAAGCCUGUGGUGAGUCCAGCGCUGCCUAAAGAGCUCCCUCCUAUUGAUCCCCGUUGUAAACUCACAUUGGACCAAGGGACCUGCAGAGAUUACGUCAUUCGCUGGUACUACGACAAACAAGCCAACGCCUGCGCACAGUUUUGGUAUGGAGGCUGUGGUGGAAAUGAAAACCGUUAUGAAACUGAAGAUGAAUGCAAGAAGGCCUGUGUUCUUUUCAGAAAAACUGCAUAAAUGGAGGGGAGACUCAGAAAUCCUACAGUCACCUGCUUUAGUUCAAUGAUGCAAUGUCACUUGUGUUCUGCAAAUUUCAUGCACUUUUGUCUUUAGAAACAAAUGUAUAUCUUGGUAACAUUUGAGGAAAGUUGACACAUUGCUGGUUAAACCCAAGAAAUGUUCAAACUUAUUAUUAUCUUCUAAAGAUGCAGACUGUUCUAGUUUUAAAAGGGAAACCUCAAAAAAAGAACCAUUGAGGGUUUAUCUGUGAAUUGGAUUUGGGAAACAUUUCUUUUCAAUGAAGCCAUAGUGACAUAAUUAAAGCAGUCAAAGGGCCAAAUGUUAGAUAAUUUUAUUAAAACAUGGGCACAGCAGCGGCCAUCAUCCCAUUUUAAAAAAAAAUCAUAGACAAGCUUCUUCUAUUUCCCAAGCUUCUACAACAUUAGAGUUUUACAAUUUCUUGCCAAUCUGUGGAAGCUUGGCUGCUUGGUAAAUAUAUUCUGCUUUGAAAUUAGUUAGGAAGACAUUUUCAGGGGUUAUUCAUCCAGGCAUUAUUCUUCUUUUCACAUAGACAGAAGUCUUCUUUUCUUGGUCAAACACCUUCUAGAUAUACUACUUAAACACAACGACACUAUGAUGCUAAAAUCAAGUAAAGCUAUCAAGGAAAAUUGCAGUAUACAUUGUAAACUGUUUCCACUUACCUCGAAAAUCAUAAAAUAAAUACAGAUUAAUUUUUGUGUUUUUAUUUUCAAGUCAAGAGGGCAACAUUGAAAUGGUCCAGGGGCUUCGUAUGGACUUAUGGUUAUAUUUUCUCCAUGAGUAAAUCAUUCUAAUACCUCUUUGAGGUAUGUUCUUUUUAUAGUUUUAUAGUCUUUUUGUAGUUUUAUAUGUUGAUACGAUGUGCUGAAAUGUGUUUUUAUUACUUCUGUGUGUGAUUUUAUUGUAAGAUAUUCUUUCAGUUUACGACUGGCAGCUGUAAUUCAGGGCCUCUCUUUUUGGAUGCUGCUUUCAGAGGCCCACUGCUAAUAUCAUAUUGUGAUGAAGAUUAAGGCUUUAUCAAUAGAAUCAAUUCCUGUUUGGUUGCUGUGUAUAUCUAAAUAAAUAUGUUUGUUUUUUAGUUAUUACAAAUUUAAGAUGGUUGUCUGUUCUUGUGUUUGAAUUUACAUUAAAGGUU